AUGCAAGUGGACAGGUCUCAACGAUCCGUGUUCGUUGGAAAUAUUUCGUAUGAAGUUCCUGAGGAUACAAUCCGACAAAUUUUCUCGAAAGUUGGUCAUGUCGUCCACAUUAAAAUGGUUCACGAUCGUGAGACGGGGAAACCGAAGGGAUAUGGAUUCAUAGAGUUUCUCGAUGUUCAAACUGCAGAAUUGGCUAUUAGGAAUUUGAAUGGGUACGAAGUUAAUGGACGACAACUUCGCGUUGAUAGUGCUGCUGGAGGAGAUCGGAGUGCAGAUGAAAUACAGCAGUUACAAGCUGCUCUGAGUGCUGCGCAAGUCGAAGAGAGUCCGUAUGGACCUGAGCCCGAAGAAGGUCGAGCACCAGAGGCGAUUUCUCGCACCGUGGCAUCGCUUCCACCCGAAAAGAUGUUUGAGCUGAUGAAACAAAUGAAAGAUGUCGUGCGUUCGAAUCCAAGCGAGGCAAAACAAAUGCUUGUUCAAAAUCCUCAGCUCGCUUAUGCCCUUCUCCAAGCGCAGGUUGUCAUGCGGAUUGUAGAUCCUCAGGUUGCUAUAGCCAUGCUUCACCGAGAACCUGCGGCAUCCACUGUACCUUUUCAUCAGAUGACUUUCGCAGGAACACAGAAUUUGGCCGGCUCUGCUGCUGUACCGGCAUCUCAGAGCAGCUAUGUAGCGCCCGCACAACAAAUCUAUGGUCGCGCCCCAGCUCCACAAGUUCAGGCACCAGCGCAACCCGAAAUCACCCCGGAUGAACAACAUAACGCCGAGUUACUAGUUCAAGUUAUGAGGCUCACUGAAGCAGAGAUUGCUAUGCUGCCGCCUGGAGACCGAGAAAAAGUUAUCGAGCUUCGUAAUCAACUUCGACAAAGUGUAUAG